GGAUUUGGCACCAAAGGAUAUGUUUGGGAGUUCUGAUCCAUUUGUAACAGUUUCCUUCCUGGAACAGAGUAAAACCACAUCGACACAGAAGAAGACCAGGUUCCCCAGCUGGUACGAGACGUUUGAGUUCAACAUGCCAUUGUCCUGUCCUCCAAAGACUGUUAUUGAAGUGAAACUGUGGGACUGGGAUAGAGUGAGCAGCAAUGAUUUCCUUGGUGAGGUAAACAUUAACUUCCGGAACCUACCUGAUGGUUCCAAAGUGAAGAAAUGGUACAGACUGAUGCCUCGACCACCCCACAUGGAAAACAGAAGUGCUGGGGGGGAUCCGAUGUUCCCAAAGCCAGCCCCUAACCGGGGCAGUGUCCGCAUAAAGGUCCACCUCAUACAGGAAACAGUUUUACCCACAUACAGCUAUGGCACACUGCGACACAUUCUCACAGAUUCAGUUCUGCCAAAG